AUGAAGGCGUUAAUGCCAAACAAAGUUUCUGAUUCAACAUCGGUUGAUUCAGUCAAACCUCUUCAACAAGAUAACAAUUUAGCUCGUAUUAAUUUACCCCAAUUCAAUGGCGAUAUAGAUUCCUGGUUGGAAUUUAUUUCUAUAUUUGACAGCCUUGUCCAUUCAAAACAUAUGGACAAUAUUUGUUCUCAUCUUCGAAGCCAAUGUGCUUCUAAAAAUGUAUGUCGCAAGUGUGAUUCUAAUCAACAUCACACUACCCUUCAUCCUGGGUUUCAAUCACCGGUCACGUCGGCAACCAAAGCCACCGUUUCGGACUUGAAUGCGUCUCCCUCAAACUUAAGCACUCAACCCCCUCACAGCACCGGUAACGACAUCCCGGCACUGUCAUGUACUUCAUAUGCCCAAAACCCACAAGGGGUCUUACUGGGCACAGCUCAAAUUUUAAUUAAUACCCCCAGUGGUAAUUAUUUUUCUGUUCGGGCACUUGUGGACCCUGGCUCCCAAGUGUCGAUUAUUUCAUUAUCAUGUUGUCGUGCUCUUGGUUUACCUAUUAAACCCACUUCAACUCAAAUUUCUGGUAUUGGCGCCACCGAAACCUCUUGUCAUGGUACGGUUUCGUGUAUUUUAAAGUCAAAAUAUUCUGACAUAAAAGUCUCUACAACUGCAUAUGUCAUGUCUACUAUUUCGUUAAAUUUACCUUCAAUUGAAUUAUCUCAAGAAGUCAUCAGUCGCUUCACGUCACUCAAAUUGGCAGAUAGCCAAUUUUAUAAAUCAUCCCCCGUGGAUUUCUUAAUAGGGGCAGAUUUGUUCCCCUCUAUAUUGUCAUGUACGGAUUCUCAAACUAUUCAGGGAUUCCCUUCUGCCAUAAACAGUAUUUUUGGAUGGUUGAUUAUCGGUCCUGUUGAGGGCAACCCCCCUACUCAACCCAUUUCACUUCUGAGCACUGCUCAAAUAAGUGAUCACUUACAAAAUUUUUGGGAAACUGAAGAAGUUUCGGUUUCCAUCCCCUCAAAUCCUUCAGAUAUUUUGGCGGAACGCCAUUUUAAAGACACGCAUUCGCGUGACUCAACGGGUCGAUACAUUGUCGCUCUUCCGUUUCGUCCGGGCAGCCUCCCUGCCCUUUUCAACAAGGAGCGUUCACUCGCUUCCUUUAUUAAUUUGGAAAAAAGAUUGUCUAAAUUUCCAGAAAAAUACAAGGCGUAUACCGAAUUCAUGGAUGAAUACAUUUCAUUAUGUCACAUGUCAAAGGCAACUAACUCAUCAGGUUAUAUAAUUCCCCAUCAUUGUGUCACUAAGGACACUAGUACAUCCACCAAAUUGCGUGUUGUUUUUAACGCAUCGGACCCAGGUUAUAACAAAAUUUCUUUAAAUUCAUUAUUGUUGGCCGGUCCUAAAUUACAAAACGACAUCUCGGAUAUCCUUUAUUCAUUCCGUUUUAACGCAAUAGCCUUGUGUUCUGAUAUACGUCAAAUGUAUCGACAAAUUUUGGUACGUCCAGAAGAUCGCAUUUAUCAGCAUAUAUUUUACCGACCAUCCACUGAAUCCGAUGUCGUUGAAUUUGAACUAAAUACCGUAACAUACGGCUUAGUUCCCUCCGCUUUUCUUGCACAAAGGUGCCUAAAACAAUUAGUGAUCGACGAAGGCAAUCAUUAUCCCUUGGCUUCUCAAGCCCUUUUGCACAACACUUACGUUGAUGAUAUCAUUACUGGUGCUUCGUCUCCUGAACAAGCCAAAACUUUAAUGACACAAUUACAAACUUUAAUGAGUAGGGGAGGUUUUGAGUUGCGAAAAUGGACUAGCAACGAUCCUUCCAUAUUAGCUGAUCUCCCUUGGAUUGCUGAAAAUGAAGAAGCGGAUGAAGAUAAUAUUGAAAAUCAAUGUAAUGACGCUGAUAUUAAUAGUGAAGACGACAGUGAUAUAAUACUCCCAAAGAGAUGUUUCACAGGAAAAAGCAUCAAGAAUAUAGCAUAG